UUUAUUUUUGGUUUUGUUUCCACGUCAGUGUUCUUCUUUGAGUCGGAACAAAAACAUACUCUGAGCUAGACUAAACAACCUGACUGGGGAGAUACCAUUACAUGGUUUUAGCAAGUGUUGGCUGCGACUCCGCCGCUUUUAUUUUCAAGCCCUCAACGAGUGAAAUUAUGAUCCAAGUCUUGAAAGACAAAUUGUACAAGAAUGUGAAUUAAUUCGUCUACUCCCCAUAGCCACUAGAGAGCGUAUUUCCCAGCUAUAACACGCUAUCAACAUUUUCACUGCGUAAGCACCAAUAAAGUUCAACCUUAUCGUGUGUGCAAACAAGCACACGGGAGUUCAAGGUAGGGUUCAAAGUUCGUCCGCCCGCACUCAAUCGACUUUUAGGGGCUAGAACUGCGCACGUCUUAAUGGACACGCACGAGCAAGCAAGACAAUGAACCUGACUGCAGAGAACCACAGGAUUGCUCUCAGAGAUGGGAACCAAAUCCCGUUGCUGGGAUUGGGCACAUACGGAGACCCUCGGACGACACCAAAAGGAAUAGCUUUGGAUUGUGUCAAGCAGGCCAUCGAUGUGGGCUACAGGCACUUUGAUGGAGCUUUGGUGUAUUUUAAUGAGCAUGAGGUGGGACAAGCCAUCAGGGAAAAGAUUGCCGAUGGAACUGUGAGAAGAGAGGACAUCUUUUACUGCGGCAAGCUUUGGAAUACCUUUCAUCCACCAAAGCUAGUGAGACCAACUUUGGAGAAGACCCUGAAGGCACUAAAACUGGACUAUGUGGAUCUCUACAUUAUCGAACUUCCAAUGGCCUUUAAGCCCGGGAAUGAUUUCUAUCCCAAAGACCAGAAUGGAAAGUACAUCUACCACCACACAGAUCUUUGUGCCACUUGGGAGGCUUUAGAGGCGUGUGUAGACGCAGGCCUUGUCAAAUCUCUGGGAGUGUCCAACUUCAACCGCAGACAACUCGAAUUGAUUCUCAACAAACCCGGCCUCAAGCACAAGCCCGUAUCAAAUCAGGUGGAAUGUCAUCCUUACUUCACACAGCCCAAACUUCUGGACUAUUGUCGUCAAAAUGACAUUGUUAUUGUCGGCUACUGUCCGCUCGGUUCCUCCAGAGAUGCAUCGUGGGUCAAUCUGAAAUGUCCUCCCAUGUUGGAGGACGAGCUGCUCGUGUCCAUCGGGAAGAAGUACAACAAGAGCAGCGCUCAGGUGGCUCUGCGCUUCAACGUCCAACGAGGAGUGGUGGUCAUUCCCAAGAGCUUCAACCCACAGCGGAUCAAACAUAACUUCCAGAUAUUUGAUUUUUCACUCACCGAAGAAGAAAUGAAAGCAAUCGAAGGGCUCAACAAGAACAUUCGUUUUGUGGAGCUGCUCAUGUGGAGCGACCAUCCGGAGUACCCGUUUCAUGAUGAAUACUAAAUAUCAUCACUUUAACAGUGUUGCUCGAUUGGAAUUAAACAAUGGACGACAACUUGUUGGCA